CUGUCUCCCAUACUCCUCCAUCACAGCUUGAUGUUGGCUGAAGUAAACAGAAGAGCACUGGCUGUUCAGAGUCCCUCAAGCGCUGUAAUGAAUAUGUAAACAUCGCUUCCCAAGUUUCUUGGACUAACGCUGGAAUCGGACAGUAUCAUUCAUGUGUUUGGAGGGCUUAAUUUCAUUUAAUUAGCCAAGCUUUGAGAAGCUAAAGUGUCUUCAGAUCUCUAACUGACCGGUAGCGCCUAAUUUAAAACGCAAAGUGUGGAUUGAUGGAGGCGUCUUUGAAACACUGAGAGCGGGAACAACCUUGUGUUUAAAUCAUCCAGCAACUGAGCCUGCCUUGAGCGUGUUUUUGAACGCAAAACAUUAUAGCGGAGUUGCUGUUUGCCGGCUUUCUUUGUGUUACUCUUCUCCAAGCAUGCCUGAACCUCGCAGCGCAGGAGGAGUUUGAACAUCGUCAAACCUUGCACAACAUCCAAAACUAUGGCCAGCGAUCACUGCUUAUAGAAGAGGAUUACUAAAACUCCGUAUAACACCACCCUUUUACCUUUUCUGUGUCCCCUUGAGCUGCAUUAAACCCGCGUUGUUCACCGCUUCCCUCUCAUUCGCCGCGCCUGGAUUGUUGAAGGACAAGUAAGAGAAAAAUUGCGCCCUUUUCGUAGAGCAGCGCUUCGCCGAGAGGAAACAUGGAUGUAUUUUAUCCGUCUGCCGGAGGGAAUUCUAUUCCUGGAGACCCACAGAACCUGGAUUUUUCCCACUGCCUGGGAUACUACAACUAUAAUAAGUUUGGGAAUAACAAUAACUACAUGAACAUGGCUGAUGCCAGUGGAGCUCUAUUAGCAGGAGAUACGUUUCAUACUCCAAGUCUAGGUGAUGAGGAGUUUGAAAUACCUCCUAUCACCCCUCCUCCCGAGACCGAGCCUGGUAUGGGUCUCCAGGAGGUGGACUCAGCUUUCCCUGGGAUACCUGACCACCCCAACUCUCAUCGAGGGUUGUUCACCCCUCAGUUCCCACCCCAGAGCCUGGAGCUGCCCUCAAUCACCAUCUCCAGAAAUAUGAUGGAGCAUGAAGGACAAAUCAACAAUGGACAUCCAAGGGCUGUCAGUCAGAGCCACCUCCGUCAGUACCCUCCAAACCCCACCAUGGUGAUGCGCUCCAUCAUUAGCAUGCAUAACCCCAAUGGCAUGAUGUCACAAAACCAGCUUACCACCAUCAACCAGUCCCAGAUCAACACACAGCUGGGGCUGAAUAUGAGCGGGUCAAACAUUGCUCACACGUCCCCAUCCCCACCCGCCAGCAAAUCAGCCACACCCUCUCCCUCCAGCUCCAUUAAUGAAGACGAUCAAGAGGAAGGAAACCGGGUGAUUGGUGAAAAGCGUCCCGCCCCUGACGCAGGUAAGAAGCCGAAGACGCCCAAGAAAAAGAAGAAGAAGGAUCCCAAUGAGCCUCAGAAGCCAGUGUCUGCAUAUGCCCUGUUCUUCAGAGACACCCAGGCGGCCAUUAAAGGCCAGAACCCUAACGCCACGUUCGGAGAGGUGUCCAAGAUAGUAGCUUCUAUGUGGGAUGGACUGGGAGAGGAGCAGAAACAGGUUUACAAAAGCAAAACAGAGGCAGCAAAGAAGGAGUACCUGAAAGCUCUCGCAGUGUACCGCGCUAGCCUUGUGUCAAAGGCUGCUGCAGAGUCAGCGGAGGCCCAGACGAUCCGCUCGGUGCAGCAGACUCUCGCCUCCACCAGCCUGUCUCCAGCGCUCAUGCUGCCUUCCCCUCUAUCCCAGCACCACUCGAUGUCUGCCGCAGCACAGGCACUCCAGCAGGCCCUGCCUCGAGCCAUCGCCCCAAAACCUCUGCAAAUGCGUGUCGGCAGCAGCCAGAUUGUCACCUCAGUCACAGUAGCUCAUCAGAACAUGACACCCGGCGGCGUUCAGUCGCAGCUGCUGGGGCAGAUGGGAGCGGGUGGUCCGCAGACGGGCAUGUCACCACAAUUGAGUCCACCGAUGCAGCAACGGCACGCUUCCAUGCAGCAGCACAUGCAACAGCAGCAGAUGCAGCAGCACUUGCAGCACCAUCAAAUGCAGCAGCAGCAGCAAAUGCACCACCAGCAGAUUCAGCAGCAAAUGCAGCAGCAGCAUUUCCAGCAUCACCUGCAGCAGCAGCUUCAGCAGCACCACAUGCAGCAGCAGCAACAGCAACAGAUGCAGCAGCAAAUGCAGCACAUGCAGCACAUGCAGCAGAUGCAGCAGCAUCAAAUGCAGCAGCAUAUCCCGCAGUCGCAGUGUUCGCCUGUGCAGCACUCGCCCGGUACGCCGCACUCGGCCUCUCUCGGCAGCCCGCCACCCCCUCCCACGUCCCAGCCUCACCCCUCGCAGGUACAGGCUCAUGCGCAGGUCCUGUCGCAAGUGAGCAUCUACUGAACCAAAAGCCUUCGGACCCGCAGUCGCAACUCCACGAGAAACCCAGAAGGAAGUUGUUAUUGAAAAGCAUCAUUACAAGGUUGCUUUUUUUAAGUUGCACUUAAGAAGUGUGUAAGAAAUAUGAAUGUUUUACAAAGAACUGUCCUUUGUUCUAGAUGGAUAUAAGAUAUGUGUUAAAAAGGACAAAGCGUCUGAACUGGAUCUUUUUGUCUAUAAGAUAGGCUGAGCUACCGGGAGGUCUGUUGAUAGACUUGUGUGCCCAGUAGUCAUUUGUAUGUAUAUUUAGUUCAUUUGGUUUCUCUCUCUCGCUCUUUCUGUAGUGGAGUUUAAACUCUGUCAGCGCAUGAUGGCGUGGGAAGAACAUUCAGAGAUGAUCACAGAAACACCUGACAGUUUUAUUUAACAGCUUUAUUUAUGAGGUUGGAUUCUCUUUCACCACAAGACAAAAUGGAAGACCGGAUUUCUGUGGACGUGGAAUUUAUAAAGAAGUCACUGUUUCACAAAAGAAAUGAACUGAACUGGUAUUAAACUGGCCAUCAGAGACAUGCUGAAUGGCUCUUGCACUGUCUGGCCAGUGUAUCAUCAAAUCUACCCUCUCUUCUUCCCUUUUCCAUCAUCCUUCUUGGCGUCCCCAUGGAUGAAACUGUUUAACAGUCGCUGUUGGGAUGCUCUCAAUCAAAUCAUCCUGCUUUUAGAACCAAGUGGUGUUUGACCCAUCUUAUGCCGUGUUAUCAAACAGGCAAUCUCCAGUGAAUUUACAAAAGAUGUAAACACUUGGCGUUUUGCUAGACUAUCUGACACGCUUCCAUAGAUCAUUUCAGUCCUCAUGUCUCCAAACACCUUUGUAAACACCUCCAAACACCUGUAACCUGCUGUAUGUGUUCUUAGGAAAGAAGAGAACGUUUUUGGAGUUAUUCUCCUCUGGCCAAAACCAUUCAUAGCGCAUUCACUCCAACAUAUGUAGUAACAGCACUCCAAAAAUCCUUCUCUGUAAUUAUCUUUACCUCAGAAAUUUUAUUGACUAUGUUUUUUUGUUUUGUUUUUUAUGUGUAAGGAAAACUUAUUUUAUGUGGGGAAAAGCUAAAUUACUGAAUUUAGGCUGUUGGGUAUUUUUAUUUCAUAAUACCCCAAAUUUCACAACAAGGGCCGUUAAAUGGGAGUCUUAUCAGGUGUAAGAUAGAAGAAAUUGAAGUUGUACAUUUUUCAUACCUCUUGUUGUAAAGUUUUAAUAUGUGCGGCUUUAAAUGCAGACGUUGGCAAGCUGAACUGUCACCUGCUUUAUCUCAUAGUGCUCUUUUCUACUUUUUUAUGAGUUACAGUAGCAGCAAAUCAUCUGUUUGUAUUUUUGCUUACAUUUCAAAAUUAAUUGCUUUUAAAAACCUGACAGUAAAAUAAAUACAGUUCAUGUCAGUUGGAAACUC